AUGGAAGGUGCACCCGGACGGAGCGGUGCUGCCAGCUAUUUCCUGCACUGGUGUCCUGAAAAAGCCCCAGGGAGCUGCCAGCUUCGUGUUCUGGGGAACCUCGGCGAAUGGUUUGUCACCAGGGAGUGCUCUCCAUAUGCAGCUCACUUGUACGACGCUGAGGAUCCCUCCACCCCCGUCCGGACGAUACCAGGGCUUUGCCAAGACUACUGCCUGCAAGUGUGGCGAGAAUGCCGCUCCAUUUUUCGAUAUCUCUCUGCAGACCAAGAGUUAAUUGCACUGGAGAACAACAUGGCGAAAUUCUGCCGCUACCUGUCCUUGGAGGACACAGACUACUGUUUUCCACACCUGCUGGCUAACCAAAACCUUAACCAAAACCUGGGGCUAGUGACUGCCGAUGCAGAGGGCUGUCUCCAGCUCUGCCUCAUGGAGGUGGCCAACGGGCUGCACAAUCCCGUAGCGAUGGUGCACGCCAACGAUGGCACCCACAGGUUCUUCGUUGCGGAGCAGGUUGGCCUGGUGUGGACCUACCUCCCCGAUCGAUCCAGGCUUGAAAAGCCAUUUCUGAACAUCAGCGAAGCUGUACUUACCUCACCUUGGGAAGGAGACGAGAGAGGUUUUCUAGGUAUUGUCUUCCAUCCUAAAUUCAAAUUUAAUGGUAAAGUGUAUGUCUACUAUUCAGUUGAAGUUCGUUAUGAAGAGAGAAUCCGAAUCAGUGAGUUCAGAAUUUCUCCUGCUGACAUGAAUGCUUUGGACCAUGGUUCUGAAAGGAUAAUCCUGGAAGUAGAAGAACCCGCUUCCAACCAUAACGGAGGAGAGCUGCUCUUUGGAGACGAUGGGUAUCUCUAUAUAUUUACUGGAGAUGGAGGCAUGGCUGGGGAUCCUUUUGGGACCUUUGGAAACGCCCAGAACAAAUCAACCCUGCUGGGCAAAGUGCUGCGGAUCGAUGUGAACAACAACGACCGCGGGCCUCUGUACCAAAUCCCUCCCGACAACCCAUUUGUCAACGACCCUAAGGCUCGCCCUGAAAUCUAUGCGUACGGAGUGAGAAACAUGUGGCGCUGCUCUUUCGAUAGGGGCGAGCCUCAAACCAAGGAAGGGAAAGGGCGGCUCUUCUGCGGAGACGUGGGGCAAAAUAAAUAUGAAGAAAUCGAUAUCGUUGAGAAAGGGAAAAAUUAUGGCUGGAGGGCAAGGGAAGGAUUCAGCUGCUACGAUAAAAAACUUUGCGCCAAUUCUUCGAUGGACGAUGUGCUUCCAAUUUACGCGUAUCCACACCAAAUGGGGAAAUCCGUCACGGGAGGCUAUGUCUAUCGGGGUUGUGAGUCCCCAAACUUGAAUGGCCUGUACAUAUUUGGUGAUUUUAUGAGUGGACGCCUGAUGUCUCUGAAGGAGGAUCGUGCUACCGGAGAGUGGCAGUACAGUGAAAUCUGCAUGGGGACGGGACAAACAUGCAUGUUCCCUGGGCUUAUCAAUAACUAUUAUCAAUACAUCAUCUCCUUUGCUGAAGAUGAAGCAGGGGAACUUUACUUCAUGUCUACCGGCAUACCAAGUGCCACGGCUCCCCAUGGAGUGGUAUACAAAGUGGUGGACACCUCUAGGAGAGCGCCACCAGGAAAAUGCCGAGUUGAGCCGUCACCAGUGAAAGUAAAAAGCAAGCUCAUCCAGUUUGUGCCAAAGGAGAAGCUUAUCAUGAAAACACCAACGCCGCGCCCCCGGCUGAAGACCACGACCGAGGCCCCACGGGGAGUAGGGCCAGACCCCAAAACCCCCCGCACGCCGUCUGUGGACUGGCUGGGCUUCCCCCACGCGGUGCGGGCCAGCAAGAAGGCGGAAUUUGGGGAAGGGACCUCCCUCCGCAUUCUCCUGGACGACGUCCAGUGCUUCGGGGAGGAGAAGACACUGCUGGAAUGCGCCCACGCCGAGGUCGGCACGCACAACUGCUCCCACGAGGAGGACGCCGGCGUGGUGUGCAGCCAGGAGGAGGUGGCGGACUGGUGA